AUGGAAUGGAAACAAAAAAUAUACCGCCAAUUACAAGAACGUAAUAAACAAGAACGCGAUGUUUAUGCAGAAAUAGUCAAACAUUAUAAUCGUCUGAUUGAAAAUUAUUCAACGCUAUUAAUUCGAUGUACAGAUCAAGAACGAGAUAUAUUAGCACUACGUCAAGAAAAUUCUGACUUGCAAAAGAACAGUGUUAGUUUGGGUAGCCUUCCUGUUAAUGAUAAAAUUAGAACAUUAGAACAUGAUUAUAUGAAAGCAAAAGAUGAAAUACUCACAUUGUUACGAGAACGAGGCGAUAUGACUAAAGAAGUAAUUAGUCUUAGUCGUAUUGUUAAAGAAAGAGAUGAAAAACUAUACGCGGAAGAAAAUAAAAAUCAAACCUUAACGAAAGAAAAUACAGCAGUAAAACAACGACUUGAAUCAGCUGAAGAUAAAUUAAACGCUUUACAGAGAGUUAACGAAACAAUACAUGAUGAAUUUCAAGCAUUGCAACUAGCCUAUACACAAAUGGAAGAACGUCAAAAAGAAUCCGACGCAACCGUUGCUGUUUUACGUCGAGAAAUGACAGCAAAAAUUGAGAAAAAAUGUGAUGCAUACGAUCAAGAAGUUAUAGCGCAUGAUAAAAAACUUGAAGAAGAUAUUAAGAAAAAGCUUGACGAAGCCAGAAAUGAUAUUAUGGUGACGACACAAUUGAAGUUGAGUUCAUCAGCAGUAUCAUUCAAAAGUGCAAAUAUGGAUGGAAAAAUACAUCUAACACCGGCCAUCGAUUCCAUAAAAGUUAUAGUACCAACGAAAGCAAUAGUCAAAUGGGACUGUGGUGAUAAUGAAUUACAUGCUAUUCAAUUUCAUCCAUCUGGAUCAUUAAUUGCCAGUGGUGGUAGCGAUAGAAAAAUUCAUAUUUGGGAAUUCAAUUCUUCCAAUUAUCACGUUCAACAAGUUUAUACUCUCGCUGGAAAUAAUUCAACAGUGACUGCUAUUGAUUUUGAUAAUGAAAAUGCCAAUCUAAUUCUUGGAUGUUCAGAAGAUUUUGCGUGCCGUGUAUGGGGCCUUACUGAUCAACGCUUACGACAUACAUUAACCGGUCAUGGUGCAAAAGUAUUUUGUGCUAAAUUUGUUACUGCAACUUUAAUUGCGUCCGGUAGUCAAGAUCGAACAUUAAAACUAUGGGAUCUACAAAAUCGUCAAUGUGUAAGAACUUUAUUUGCUGGCUCGAAAUGUCAUGAUUUAGUUGCGCAUGAUGCAUCUGGAAGUUUAAUUAGUGGUCAUUUUGAUAAGAAGAUUCGUUUUUGGGAUGCUCGAAACGAUUCAACUAAAUGUGAAUUACAAUUACAAGCAGCAGUAACUUCGCUAUCAAUUAAUCGAGAAAAACAAUUGCUGUUAGCUUGCUCCCGUGAUGAUACUCUUAAGUUAAUUGAACUCAGGGAAAAUCGAGUCAUUCAAACAUACAGCCAUGAAGAUUUCAAAGUGGCAUCAGACACAGUCAAAGCUGUUCUUUCACCUGAUUGUAAGUAUGCAUGCGCCGGUGGUAGUGAUGGAUCCGUAUUUAUUUGGAAUAUAGCAACUGGCAAAAUUGAAAGAGUUCUCAAUAAAGAACAUUCGACUAUCAUCAACGCAGUUGCUUGGCAUCCAGAAGGACGAUUUAUUGCUUCUUGCGAAAAACAAAGACGGGCGAUAAUCUGGGGAGAAUAA